GUGGUAAAAAAACGACUUCCAAGUAGACGAACGUGACCAUAGACGUCCACCGGACUCUCAGCCGGAUAUUUUUUAUUUAUCUAUCGACCUGCAAACCGUCUCGACCAUGGGUAGGAAGACAUCAACGGCUAUGAUGCGAAUUGCGAUCGCAGGUGCUGGGGGCUUUGCAGCCCUUCUAGUCCGGGAGUUAUCUCGGACUGCCUAUGCCAUACUCGUACUCUCGACGAAGGAUCACCCGGAAUUAGAAUCUAAUUUCGACUGCCAGGUAGCCGUAGUCGACUAUACAGACCUUGACAACCUCCAGUUUGCUCUUCAGGGCGUUGACCUUGUGAUUUCCACCAUCUCCGGCGCGGAACAACUCAACGUUAUCGAUGCGGCUCGACGAGCCCGCGUACGCUGCUUCGUGCCUUCGGAGUUCGAGGGCUCCGUAAGCCAUAGACCGGCCGUAGGAACUGACCCCUUUGACAACGGCUCUUCGACGGCCUUGGAACAACUUCGACACUGGUCCCAGUCGAGACACUACUCGAUGAAAUACACCGUCUUCUCCUGCGGCGUUUUCUACGAACGCUUCGCCCCUGGCGGCCUCCAAGCAUACAACAUGGGCGUCAGCUGUCGGAUCCGAAACCAGGGAGACUACAUGAUCGACGUAGGCCUUGGAACUGCCGAAAUCCCGGAAACGGACUCCCGGGGCCGCCCAGUAUCCGUUGUAAUGACAUCGGCAGUUGACGUGGCACGAUUCGUUGCCGCUGCUGUCGAGCUCGGAAUCGACAAUUGGCCGCGAGAGUUCAGAAUGCGCGGUUCUCGUCUGACAACGCAAAGACUUCAAGAGAUUUGCAGCGAAGUCCGAGGAGUCGCUUUCAACGUUAUCAGGAGGCCAUACGAAGAAAUCGUGCAGUGGCUCCGCUACUACGAGCAGAACCGGGACGAGGCCAAAUGGUGCACGAUGCAGCAUCUUCUACAGACUGCGGAUGGCCGAUACAGCUUUGGAGAAACGAACUUGAACGACGCGGUAGACGUACAGCCGACAAGCUUUCGACAGUGGCUAUACGACACCUGGGGUCCGGCAUAGUAAUAUCAUUGUUGACGACGACGACGACAAUAAUCUAACUACCUACCUAACCUACCUAACCUAGGCUACCAACCCUCACCGCCGAUUUCUUCUGCGCCUCGAGCAUCCUGCCCCUUAAAUAGGUAUCUGUUGGUCGCGUUUAUUAGGUUAGGCCGGCCCGUUUCGAGCACCAUAUUAUGUGUGGCCCGUCUGUUAUAACAGACCCAUCAUCUUGUAUGCAUCACGGCUGAAGUUGAGAAGCAACAGCGACGUCUAUUUUUGGUUUCUUGAUACCUUUGUAACUCCAAUUUCUUUCUGUCGGCAUUUUAAAUUGUAUGCACAUCAGCAUUUAGCGCUCUACCUGUCUGGCUACCUGUCUGUCUACCUG